AUGCAAGAGCAAGCGACGAGCUCCCUUGCCGCGAGCUCUCUCCCGUCGAGCAGCGAAAGGUCUUCGAGCUCUGCAUUCCAAGUUGAAGUCAAAGAAGGCAUGGAAAGUGAUGAGGAGAUCAGGAGAGUGCCGGAGAUUGGGGGCGAAUCGGCCGGAGCAUCAAUCUCCGGCAGGGAAACCGGUUCGUUGGCCGGUCCGGACCGGGCCCAAGUGGUAGGUGAGGGGCAAAGAAAGAGAGGAAGAAGUCCAGCUGACAAGGAAAGCAAGAGGCUGAAGAGGUUGUUAAGAAACAGAGUUUCAGCACAGCAAGCAAGGGAGAGGAAGAAGGCAUACUUGAGUGAUUUGGAAGUGAGAGUCAAAGACUUGGAGCAGAAAAACUCUGAGCUUGAGGAGAAGCUUUCCACUUUGCAGAAUGAGAAUCAGAUGCUUAGACAUAUACUGAAGAACACAACGGCAAGCCGGAGAGGAGCAGGCAGUAAUGCAAAUGCAGAUGGAUCCUUAUAG